GGCAAUGGGAUAUGAACUCACAUAAUCUAGCAAUAACCAGUUGUUUUCCCUGUCUACUAGAUAAGGACAUGACAGGUACUGAGGAUGCGCAGCGUGUAGAAUCUGAAAUCUAUGAUAAACUGUAUGGAAACCAUUUAACCCUAGUGGGCUGGUACCACUCUAGUCCAAGGGGACCAUCUAUACCAACGGUUAAAGACUGCCUGGAUCAGCUUGACUUCCAAAUAAAACUGCUUGGAAAUGGAGUAGAGACCUAUACACCAUGUGUUGGGCUAAUUUGUUCACCAUACGAGGCAUCUGCUAAAACUGUUGAUUCGUCGAUUGUUGUUUACUGGAUAUAUCCCCCUUCGGAACACAAUCCACAGGAUUAUGGAAUGCCUAUGAGGAUGUCCUAUUCUGCUAUAACAGAUCCAUGUUUAUCCCAAGAGGUUCUACAACAGAUAGACAAGGUUAUAGAUUUCUACAGAGAGAAGCCAAGUGCUGUACCCUUCCUAGAGAACUAUACAGCUGAUCUCAGAUUUAUCGAUAAAAUUGCCAAAUCUAUCUCUUCAAAGUUUCCACAGGAUCAAGAUGAGAACUUAUGGAACUAUAUCCGAACCCAGCUGAUCGGAGAGGAACCAGAUAAAUUGAUUCAUCCAUCAAAUCCAUCCAGCAUACCGGCAGCCAUUAAUGGAAGAAAGCAGAGCGAAGAGGAAGAAAUAGAUGAUGAUGAAGAGAGUGCGCUGAAGGAGGAAAAUGACCAGGAGGAGAUAGACGAUGAUGAAGAUAAUGCUAUUGCUGAACACAUUGAAGCACAAGUCAGAAACUACUCAAAUGCCCUUGGACGGAACUAUUCCCCCCUGUCCUUUAGUCAAGUCAUCUCUACCAGCCCGCCUAGAGUUGGGAACAAUGGAGAACUAGAUCUUAGAAUAUCAGGAAGUGCUACAGCGCAAACUAUCACUAUGUACAGUGGACACCAGGAUCACGGUGUGAAUAAAUCUAAACUGAAACCAGGGUCGGAUGAUUCAGGGGAUAGAAUACAUGAUUUGUCUCUAAAAUCCAGCACCUCUCCGCUCAACCUAGCUCCAUCCACUGCUCAUUCCCGACCCGGAGUUAAUCCUCAACCUUCCUCCUUCUCCUCCAACCCUGCUCCAGUAUCCUACUCAUCAGCUCAACCCAGCUCACUACUCACAAUACCCUUCAGCAGCUCGGCAAAUUUGUUCUCUGGAACACAGCUCAUUAGUUCCAGUGUUCCAUAUUCUAGUCGUUCCAUCACAACCGUUCCAUACUCACCACAGCUUCACAAUUCACAGGAUAUUAUGGAGAACGGUUCAGCUCUAAACUUCUCUAAGAAGAAGAAUGAUCAAAUAAACGAAGAUGAGAAGGAAGAAGAAAAUGAACCUGAAAGUGACGAAGACGAUGAUAAACUUGUCAUAAAGGAAUAGACGAUUAGACGAUUAGAGAAUUAAAGGAUUAGAUUAAAUCUCAGGAGCGCAAUGGCAUCCAUGACAAAUUCUUGAAACAUCCAAAUGACAAACUCUUGAAACGACUCCUGAAGAGACAAACUCCUGAAAAACAAACUCAUAAAGACAAACUUCGAAAUUACAAUCUCCUGAAGAACAAACUCCAGAAAUACAAACCAUUAAAAGACAAACUCAUGAAAGACAAACUGUGAAAAUAGAAACUCUUGGUUCAACUCUUGAGCUAAAAAAGAAACAUUCUGUUAAGACUUCUUCUAACUUAUAACAUCCCAAAAAUAUAAAUGUUUUAUAGAAGCUGUUCAUGCUGUUAAGAAGUAAGAUGAUCUGGCCCCUUGAUCAUAGUGGGUUCUGAAGGACCUUGAUUAAAAAUAUAUAUAAAAAUUAAAAAAAUUAAAUUACAAAUUUACUGUCCUCUCACGAAACUGGAGCUUUGAGUCCAGUUUCUCCGAGAACCUCCAACCCUAGAACUUUUCUAGAUUAGUUCUCUUCAAGAGUAUAAGAUACAGAUUGAUUAAAACAAAAUUUCUAGCAGAAAUACACAAUCUUCACAAGGAUAAGGAAUUCUUAUUGUUUGUCAACACGACGAUUGAGCCCACUGUUUCGCCAGAAUAUAAGGGGGGACAAUGGACAUGUCAACAGUCCUUCAUUGGAGGAGACUAUUUGACGAACUAAAGGUGAUUCAAGAGUCAGUCUUGUGGGACUUAGUUAUGACACCAUCAGGGGUAGUGGAAACCCAUUGAGAUUGGAGCAUGCCUGAGGGCAUAUAUCUGUGCCUGAGACGGUACGAUUUAACUUCUUUGCCCCUCUGAUUCUCUAAAUGUAAUGCAAUGUUGUGUAAGUCAUUGUGUCAAAAAAAAACUACAAAGUAAUGCAAAAAGUCAGGGGUGGAUAUUUUCUAGAAUUUUGAUGAAAAAUGAAAAAUAGGACGUCAAAAGGCAAGUUUUUUCAGUUUUUUUUUUAUACUUUUAACCCAAAACUUUAUUAAUUUAUUAAAAAUCGCGAAAUCAGCGAAUAAAACUCUAAAAAAUAUUGCGCUAACAUGCUUAACUUAUAGGAAAUAAAAUUAAUUUCAAGAAGGGGGGUUGGGGGUAGUUUUAAAGAAAAUAUACACCCUGCAAAAAUGUAAAGUAGUUGAUUUACUUAAGCUAAAAAAACUUCCAGAAGAAAUUCUGCGGAGAAGCAUUUUUCGGAAUGUCUUCAUUUACAAAUCAAAAAUUUUAUUGAAAAAAACGAACUAAUUAUGAGGGGGUUUAGCAUUUAUUUGUUAUUAUAAUCUAUGCCAUACUAUAAUGUUAAAUGUAUGUAUUUGCAGUAUUUUUAUUUUGUUACAUAAUAAAUUAACUGUUGUAUUAGA